AUGCCCGUUUCCACGUGCCCGCUAAAACAGGAUGAGAAACAAUGCCGAGUGAGAGCUAAUGAUGUGCCAAGCCUCGCUUGCAUUAGCGCAAUGCGGCUCAACAAGCAAACAAUCAUCCCACCACAAAUUUCGUUUGCAAACUUCAAGAAAACAAACCCACCAACAGAACGAACCAGCACCCCCGAAAACAUGCCGAAAGAAGCCAAAAAGCGCGGCCGUCGUGCGGAAAUGAAGCGGAAGGAAGCAGCGAAGAAGGAGCAGCCCGAAAAUACACCGCAAGUCGUUGCACUAGCGAAGGAGGCAGGACAUUUCUAUGGCGUGUACGAUGGCGGGGAGGUCGGGGGUGAGGAGGAUACUCAUUUUUAUGGAUUGCUCACCGAGGACGAAUCGGAGUACUUCCGGAAAGCGGACGAAAUUUUGGAAUUGAACCAGUUUGGGGGUGAGAAUGAAAGAGCCCUAUUCAUUGCAAACGUUUGGAAAGAGGCCGACGGAAAGGAGCUCAAGAUUGCCAAUAGCCAAGGGUGCUCUAGGCUACUAGAGAAACUGAUACUGAUGUCUUCGCCGAGUCAAUUGAGAUCUCUUUGGCAAAAAUUCACUGGACAUUUCUUGAACCUAGCGCAGCAUCGGUUUGCAUCGCAUUGCUGCGAGAUGUUGUUCCAACGGUCAGUGGGGAUUGCCUCAAAAGAGACGCAAGAUGAUUAUGUCGAUGACACGGCAACAGACGUGUUCUUUGCCAGUAUGGAGAGUUCGUUCUUGUGCAUGCUUAGCGAGCUCGAGCCGCAACUCAAACACUUAUGCACUGAUAGGUUUGCUUCACACAUCGUCCGAGGGUUACUACUUUUGCUAUCGGGACAACCAGUUUCGUCGUCGGAUUUGGUACAGAGCAGGAAAAAGGAAAGGAUCACUCUGUCAGCUGGUGUUGCUCCUAUCCCAGAACCAGCAGAAAAGAUACCCGUGCCACAGUCAUUCCACGAUGCUGUAGGAAAAAUUCUUGCCGCCACGGCCGGGAGCAUGUCAACGGAGGAAAUCCGGUCGAUGGCAGUCCAUCAAAUUGGCGGUCCAACGCUACAAGUCCUGAUGCAACUAGAAAUGGGCCGCAGUAGGAAGGAUCGAAAGACAAAGGGAGCAUCAAAAGAGGGCACCCUCCUAGGGAAGCUCACGGGAAUAAGUACUGAGGACGAGAAAUCUGGCGAAUCGGAGUCUUCAUCGUUCUUUAAUAAUUUACUCUACGACCCCGUAGGCUCACAUCUUGCAGAGAAAAUAGUGGUCUGUGCGCCGAAAAAAGUGUUCAAUAAAUUGUACAACGCCUUCUUCAAAGGAAGGAUAGGAAGUCUUGCCAGGAACGAAACUGCGGGGUUCGCUGUCCAGAGGAUUUUGGAGAGGCUUGAGAAACAUAUGCUUGAAGAGGCCUUGGGGGAGAUAUUACCGCAGGUUAAGGGAUUGAUCGAGAGGUCGCAGGUUGCUGUCGUGAAGGCUUUGAUAGACUGCUGUGCGAA